AAAGAAAACGCGUUGGCUUCAUACAUUUCUAAACUAAAAAUAACCAUGGAGUGUCACGUGACGACAUUGGACAGUAGUUCAAGAUGGAGUCUGCGCCUUAUUUUGUAGCUUUCCACCUACAGUAAUCAUAAUAUGGCAAAUUAUAUCAGUGAUUUUUAAAAUUCUGAGUUUGAGGAGUUCAUUUUUCUUUGCUUCUCGUCAAUCUGUAUGGGAUUUGAAUAUAGGUCUUUGAUGAAAAGAGAGGGUAUUUGCUAAACAUCUGUCAACUGAAACAUCUAGCUAGGUAGCAAUCGGUUAAGUGUUUGGAAUGUUCAUAAACGUUCUAUUAAUUCAGAGAUCGAUAUGACGCUGAGAGAGUUAAAGGUUUGCCUUCUUGGGGACACUGGGGUUGGAAAGUCAAGCAUUGUUUGGAGGUUUGUGGAGGACAACUUUGACCCCAACAUUAAUCCAACUAUUGGGGCAUCCUUCAUGACAAAGACGGUGCAGUAUCAAAAUGAGCUUCACAAAUUUCUCAUCUGGGACACUGCAGGGCAAGAGAGAUUCCGUGCGUUGGCGCCAAUGUACUACAGAGGCUCUGCGGCAGCCAUCAUUGUUUAUGACAUCACUAAAGAGGACUCGUUCCAGACGUUGAAGAACUGGGUGAAGGAGCUUCGUCAGCACGGCCCGCCCAACAUCGUGGUAGCCAUCGCUGGCAACAAGUGUGACCUGUCCGAUGCCAGGGAGGUCUCGGAGAAAGAUGCCAAGGACUAUGCUGACUCCAUCCACGCCAUCUUUGUGGAGACCAGCGCCAAGAACGCCAUUAACAUCAAUGAGGUCUUUAUAGAGAUAAGUCAACGGAUCCCUGUCCUAGAUGCAGGGGGAGGGGCUGCAGGGAAUGGCUUCAAACUGCGCCGGCGGCCCUCAGAGACCCGGACCCGGACCUGCUGCUGAUGCUGCCAGUGAACCCUGACCUUAGUCCCACAUUGACCCUUGACCCCUGACCCUUCUCUGCUUGCGGCCUCCAUAAUCCCCCCCUAACCACAGACCUGCGUCAUAGAGACCUGGGAGCUGCAAAUGCCACUCCUCCAUUGGGAAACCCUGAUUACUACCGCCAUUGCAUCCUGCAUCUAAUGCUACACUGUAAAGAGAGAGCAGCUGAGCAAAUUACAGUUUACUGGGAUAUAUGACCAUAUCUCAUCGUUCUAUGCGGCUAACUUUGGCUUAGUUAUUGUGAAGCUGUAGUCUUGUGUUUUUUAAUGCCUAUCUGGAGCCCAAAAGGUUAAAAUGAAGUCCACAGCCUUUAAAGGCGCUUUAUUUGUCUGCAUUUGUCGUGCAGCAGAAGUCAGGGCAUUUAUUAUUCUUGCGCUUAACCAAGCAGCACAGAGCUGUUGUGAAGGAAGUUGUCAAGGCAGUGAGUUUGUUUAUGCAGGACCUCCCACCCUCACCUACCGCCAACCAAUCAUGUCACUGCGGAGUUAUACGGAGCCCUCUGUGUUGUUACACAAUUUGAGAUGCGCACGGCGAUGUGGUAUGGAGCUGAAUUGCGUCACACCAUCCAUACGGUUUAUGGAUGGUGUGCCUUUAGGUUCGCCAAGUAGGUCUAUGGCAGCUAUCCUUUAGGUUCGCCAAGUAGGUCUAUGGCAGCUAUCCUUUAGGUUCGCCAAGUAGGUCUAUGGCAGCUAUCCUUUAGGUUCGCCAAUUAGGUCUAUGGCAGCUAUCCUUUAGGUUCGCCAAGUAGGUCUAUGGCAGCUAUCCUUUAGGUUCGCCAAGUAGGUCUAUGGCAGCUAUCCUUUAGGUUCGCCAAGUAGGUCUAUGGCAGCUAUCCUUUAGGUUCGCCAAGUAGGUCUAUGGCAGCUAUCCUUUAGGUUCGCCAAGUAGGUCUAUGGCAGCUAUCCUUUAGGUUCGCCAAGUAGGUCUAUGGCAGCUAUCCUUUAGGUUCGCCAAGUAGGUCUAUGGCAGUCUCACCCCCCUCCUUGCUGUGUUCACUUCAUCCUCCCGUAUUCCAGAUCUGUGGCUUGUCCAAGCCUAUGGCACCAGAUUCCUAUAUGGCUCUGGUCAAAAGUAGUGCACCUUAUACACUGAGUGUACAAAACAUUAAGAACACCUUCCUAAUAUUGAGU